AGUGCUACUUGUACAAGCUCCAGCUCCAGCUAGGCAUUUUAUCCAGGGGCUUGGGUCAGGGUGACGUGAUCCGACAUGAUUAGAAUUAACUUAUUAAGUGAUUAACAUGAUAGCUAGAUGAGUGGUCCAAACUUGAUAGAUUUAGUGGAAAUCUACGUGUCGUGCAGUAUACCAUGUUUACUGACUGUAGCUGUAGCUAGGCAGGCAUUGCGAUUUUUACCCCUCCGAUCACUCCUUCUCAGUCCUCCGGAGCUCCCGUCCUACUCCUAGGCUAAGCAGAGACUUCAUCGCGAUCGCGAGACUUCAAAUAUGGCAGUAACAGGCAGUGAUAUUCGUAAGAUCUUGGAUUGGUUGAUCGCCUUUCGAGAUCCCCGUGAGAUAUGGACCAAUCACAGCAGUUUCUUUGUCGCUGAGAUUCUCUACCAUAUUCUUGCUUUCUUGCUCAUUAGACAUGCAUUUAAAAGAGGAGGUCGAUUUGCCUGGUACCUUCUAGCCAUCCUCAUCCAUGCAUUUGUUGUGGAAUCCAUCAGUUAUAUUCUUCCUGACAUUGACAACUUCUGGCAUGCCCAGGCCACUGUAAUGCUGCUAGCGAAGAGACUACCAACAUACAUUCUCUGCAUGUAUUACAUGUUUAUGUAUCCAUCCUUCGUUGCUGUGUCUCGACUACGCCUCCCAUUUUGGGCAGAGCCAUUUGCACAGGCACUGGUCACAGUUCUACUUGACAUUCCCUAUGACAUCAUGGGCAUCAAGCACCUUUGGUGGACAUGGCAUGACACCGACCCAAACAUCUAUGACCGUUACUACUGGGUUCCAAUUACCAGCUUUUUCUUCUGGGCUACGUUCAUGUGCAGCCACAAUUUCCUUUUCUUUGCCACACCCCGCUGGCUGGGGAGCAAAGCUGGCAAAUAUGAGAGCAAUUCAAUGCCAGUGGAGGUGAUCAGUGCAACUGUAGCAGGAGUGUUUGCAUUCCCUGUGGCAACCAUCCAGUUCAUCAUUAUCUACCACAUCCCUCAUGAUAUGUAUGGGGUUCCUACAGGGUUCUGCUUGGCUGUACUCUUUGCCAUCUACUUGCUGAUUGUGUGGAUUGGGGAUAGGAAGCCGGUAGAUGAUGCCAGACCAUUUGGAAAACACGGUGGGACACCAUUCUUUGACACUGUGGGCAUUGUAGUAUUUGCCCAUUAUCUUCUCUACAUCAUCAUGGUAUACUUUAUGAAUCCGCAAACCUACCAGUCUACUGGACUGCACGAAGAGACUGGAAACCGCCAGGAACAAGUUACCAUGUACACUGCCCUAGGACAGCUUGCCUACAAGCAGAAAUACCUAUCCACCUCAGAUUAUGAUGAGAACUACUUUGAUUGGCAUUGCCUACCAGAUCAACAACCUCCUAAGGAUAAUCAGCGAUGGUACACCAUCUGUGGGAUGGACUACCCUAACCACUUUGAGUACUGUAUGGUAGUCACCACCCAUGUCUUGUUUGGACUCAUGGUCUACUAUCAAAUGCUUGCUAGGUCAGGCAAGGAUAUCAACCCAUCAAAGAUGUACAAACACAAGCAGAAGUAGAGGGCAGGCCCGGUAUUGGAACCAUCGGGGCGUUUCACAAAACUUGCCGUCAGUGAAUAAUGACAGUUUUUGUUAUAAGCUACUGAAAUCCUUGCUUCUGAUUGGUUAUCAACAGAUUUGUCAAUGAUUUUUGUCAUUUGUCAUUGAAAAAAGGUUUGUGAAACGGGACCCAUAGCGCAUUGAAAGGGAUAGUUGUGACACGCAUAUGGAUGCAAGGUCAUGGAUCAAAUCCUGGAGCUUCGAAUACCAGGGGCUCGUUUCAUAAAACUUGUUAUCUAUAACAAAUGCUAGAUUUCUAUGACAAAUUUGCAUUCAGCCAAUCAUAUGCCAUGAUUUCAGUAGCUUAUAACAGUAGCUUGUAACGUGUUAUUGAUAUCAAGUUUUAUGAAACAGGGCCCAGUAGUUCCUCCUCAGGUCUGCUACAUGGCAGUAUUAUGUGCUAUGCAGCUAUUGUGUAUUUUAUAUUGGAAUUUUUGAUGAGAGGAAAGAGCACUAUUUCAAUCAAAGCAUUAGAUACUUAAAGGUAAAGACCAGUUUUGGAAACGCCCCCCUCUCAAAAUUGAAAUGGAAGCUCUUAUUACCAAUCAGGUGAAAGAAUGUGUUUUGACUAAU